GGGGCGUCCCUACUGCCCUACUCGCUGCAGCUCCCUCCCCACCUGCGAGGAGAGUGGCCUCGGGUUGACAACAGCUAAGCAGCCAAGGCAGCUGCUUCUCUGGCUGGCACCUUUACCCGCGCCGGACCCCAGGCUCUGCGCGUGCCCAGGACGGAGCAGUCCCUCCUGCGCUGGUUUCCUGCUCGCUGGCGCUGGUGACUGUGUCUGAGUCUCAGACCUUAGGCGGUGGACGCGGCCUCCUGAAGCUGAGGCCAAAAAAGCAUGUGAGUGGCUCCGAGCAACAGGAUUUCCUCAGUAUGCUCAGUUAUUUGAAGAAGGUUCAUUUCCCUUGGAUAUUGGCUCUGUGAAGAAGGACCACGGUUUUCUGGACAAGGACUCUUUGGGGGCCCUGUGCAGGAGGCUGAUGACCUUGAACAAUUGUGCCUCGAUGAAACUGGAGGUUCAUUUUCAGUCCAAGAAGAAUGAAGACUCAGAAGAGGAAGAACAAUGUACCAUCGGCAAUCCCUGGGUCUUGCAGCGAGAAAGUAAAUGCUGGUCUCCCAUGGGCUCUUCUGACCUGCUGGCCCCACCGAGCCCUGGACUACCAAUGACCUCCAGCUGUGAGAGUGUCCUCACUGAGCUUAGUGCCACCUCUCUGCCGGCCAUCACCGUGAGCCUACCAUCUGAGCCAGUGGACCUGCCCUUGCUAGGCAGUGCCCCCAGCCCAAGUGACCGGCCCCUCUUCGGCCCCACCCAGGGCCAAGAGGGUCCCCAGGACAAGGCCAAGAAGCGCCAUUCCUGUAGCUUCCUCAAGCACCUCGAGUCUCUGAGACGGAAGGAAAAGGGUGGCAGCCGGCAAGCUGAGCCUGAGCAUAGCCCAGUCACCUCAGAGAAGGCCACUAAAGGUUUCUCUUUCCGGAGCCGCCGUGGCUUUCUCUCAGCUAGAUUCUAUAGGGCCAAGAACCAGGCAGACACCUCAGGAAGUGGCAGUGGCAGUGGCAGUGGCGCUGAGACUCAGAGGGGCUGGGAGGUCUGGCCUGUGGCCAUGCUCCGGCAUCCUCAGCGGAUACACAGGGGUGACUACCUGGUGCAUGUGCCUGGGGACCACCAACCAGGCACAUUCCCUCGCUCCUUGUCCAUUGAGAGCCUGUGUACUGAAGAUGGACACCGUUUGGCUGAUUGGCAGCCAGGUAGGCGCUGGGGCUGCAGAGGGCGCCGGGGCUCCUGUGGCUCCACAGGCAGCCAUACCAGCACUUAUGACAACAUGCCUGAGCUGUAUUCAGCUGAGCCUAUACUGGCUGGGGCUGAGGCCGAAGAUGAAGAAGAGGAUGGUGGCAGCUAUGCCCACCUAGAUGACAUCCUCCAGCAAGUGUGGGGACUGCAACAACGGGUAGAACUUUGGUCUCAGGCCAUGUACCCAGACCUGGGGCCUGGAGAUAAGGAAGAGGAAGAAGAUGAGGAAGAAGAGGCCACUUCAUCAGUAGAAAUAGCCACAGUUGAGGUAGAAAGUCAGCCUGAGGCUCUGGGCCAGGUAGACGCUCUGGCCCACAGAGAGUCCUCAGCCCCGGGCCAGGCUGAUGUCCAGACAGUUGUCCCAGCUCAAGCCUCAGCUGAGCUCCAGGCACAGGCUGAGACCAAGCCACUUGGCCCAAUCCAGGAUAAUGAGCAGGAGGCUAAUUCAAGCAGGGAACCCACUUCUGCCUCUAGCCUGUCUGUGGAAGGGAACUCCAUUUCUGACACUGUGGCCUCCUCCAGCGAACUGGACAGUAGUGGGAACUCCAUGAAUGAGGCUGAGGCUUCAGGGUCCCCGAUUGGACUCCAGGCAUCAGCACCCCGUGAACGAAGAGAUUCAGGCGUUGGGGCCUCACUUACCAGACCCUGCAGGAAGCUCCGUUGGCACAGCUUCCAGAACUCUCAUCGGCCCAGCCUGAACUCGGAGUCACUGGAGAUCAACCGGCAGUUUGCCAGCCAGAUCCACCUCCUGCACAAGGGCUCUCUGCUACGGCUCACAGCCUUCAUGGAGAAGUACACUGUGCCCCACAAACAGGGCUGGGGCUGGUCAGUGCCCAAGUUCAUGAAAAGGAACAAAACCCCAGAUUACCGGGGCCAGCAUGUGUUUGGGGUGCCGCCUCUCAUCCAUGUGCAACGCACAGGACAGCCACUGCCACAGAGCAUUCAGCAAGCCAUGCGCUACCUGCGCAGCCAGUGUCUGGACCAGGUGGGCAUAUUCCGCAAGUCUGGGGUGAAGUCUAGGAUCCAGAACCUGCGCCAAAUGAAUGAGUCCUCCCCCGACAAUGUCUGCUACGAGGGCCAGUCUGCCUAUGAUGUGGCUGACCUGCUGAAGCAGUAUUUUCGAGACCUACCCGAGCCUAUCUUCACCAGCAAGCUCACCACCACUUUCCUGCAGAUCUACCAGCUCCUCCCCAAGGAUCAGUGGUUGGCAGCAGCGCAAGCUGCCACUUUGCUGCUUCCUGACGAGAACCGAGAGGUGCUGCAGACCCUGCUCUAUUUCCUAAGUGACAUUGCCUCUGCUGAGGAAAACCAGAUGACAGCCGGAAACCUGGCAGUGUGCCUGGCACCCUCCAUCUUCCACCUCAACGUCUCCAAGAAGGAUAGUCCUUCACCCAGGAUCAAGAGCAAACGCAGCCUAGUUGGCCGGCCAGGCCCUAGGGACCUGAGUGAGAACAUGGCGGCCACCCAGGGCUUAUCACAUAUGAUCAGUGACUGUAAGAAACUUUUCCAGGUACCCCAGGACAUGGUGCUGCAAUUGUGUGGCUCCUACAGUGCAGCUGAGCUCAGCCCUCCUGGCCCAGCCCUGGCUGAGCUGCGGCAGGCCCAGGCUGCUGGUGUGAGCCUGAGCCUCUACAUGGAAGAGAGUGUCCAGGAGCUGCUGCGUGAUGCUGCUGAGCGCUUCAAGGGCUGGAUGAGCGUGCCAGGGCCCCAGGACACGGAACUGGCUUGCAGGAAAGCAUCAGACGGGCACCCCCUACGUGUGUGGAAGGCAUCCACAGAGGUGGCGGCCCCUCCAGCUGUGGUGCUACACCGUGUUCUGCGGGAACGGGCCCUCUGGGAUGAGGACCUGCUGCGGGCCCAGGUCCUGGAAGCCCUGAUGCCGGGUGUGGAGCUGUACCACUAUGUCACCGACAGCAUGGCACCCCAUCCCUGCCGUGACUUCGUGGUGCUUCGGAUGUGGCGUUCUGACUUGCCCCGUGGGGGUUGCUUGCUUGUCUCCCAGUCCCUGGAUCCUGAGCAACCUGUGCCAGAGUCUGGGGUGCGGGCCCUGAUGCUCACUUCCCAGUACCUCAUGGAGCCUUGUGGCCUGGGUCGCUCCCGACUCACCCAUAUCUGCCGUGCUGACCUAAGGGGCCGUUCUCCAGACUGGUAUAACAAAGUCUUUGGGCACCUGUGUGCCAUGGAAGUGGCAAAGAUCCGGGACUCCUUUCCCACCCUGCAGGCAGCUGGCCCUGAGACAAAAUUGUGAACUUCAGCCUGGUUCCAUAGUGACACCACCCAGCCUCCAUGGUACCAAAGGAGUAAGGGGGGAAUGAAAGCACAGUAGCCCCCAAUGCUGCCUCCAGGGGCAGAGCUAUUCCCCACACCCAGCUGCCUGUCCCCAUCUGCUGAAGUCCCUCUCCACAUACAUGGGAAGAAGAAUUUCAGUGUCCCAUCUUCACACCACCUCCACCUCCAUCCCUGAAUCUGUUUUCUGCCCUCCUGAGAGAGAGGAUCCAAGAAGACCGCUGCUGCCCUCCAGGCCAGGGAGUCACCAGUCAAACUGAAGCCUUACUGGCUCUUCAUCUGCAGGGAUGAAGGGAGAGGGCAGUGUGUGCUCCCAGCUCUCUGCCCUUCAGAGAGGCCAGGCCAUCCUGUUUGGUACUAGGGUCUCUUUGAGGUUGAGCAGAAGGUUCUGGUCCUGCCUCUGGGCCCAUCAUUGGCUGUAAACUGGCUUUUCCAAAUAAAUUGGAUGGGAGUGGAUGGGCACAGGGGUAGAGCAGAGGGCAGCCCCAAUGACCAAGAAGUGUUUUAUUUGUGUAAAUACGAUGCUAAUUUUUAUGAGGCUGAUUUAAAGAGUGGUUACUGAUGGGCCCCUGGUCAGCAACAUGACGAUUUGGGAUAGCUUGGGACAUGAGAGUGAAAGAGGGACCUUCCUUUUUCAGGUCUCAAGAGACCAAUGAGCCAGUUUCCCCUGGAAUGGGCCCCACACUUGAUCUGCCACUCUGUGGGGUCUCGGUGCAGCCUUUGGCCAUGCACUGCCAUGUCUGGAGAGUAAACAAGCUCAGUCCCACCACACAGGCCGAGCAGAAGCAGAUGGCAUCCCUUCUCCGGCUCUUUGUGCCUGUGGUAUGAGGCUGACAUAACAACCCCUUCUUCAAGCAGAGACCUGGCCCCCGGCUCAGGUGGCCAGCCGGCCAGAUGGAAGGGCCUAGUGUUACCUCAGCCAGUUAGAGAAAGAUCCAAACCUGAUCUAUCCCACCCAUUGGCUGUCUUGGUUCAUGUGGAAAUUCAAGUGCCACUCAAAUGCCAGCUCAUGAUUUAUUCUUCUUUUGGCUGAAUAAAAUGAAGUGGGAUGGCUCCUA